CGCGCCGACAGUACUAACGGCAACAUCUUUUAAAAGUUCCGUGUCGGUGGACGAACACCCUUCCUGACGUUGUGCUGUGAACGAGUUUGAACAUACGCUGUGAUUUGUUUUUCAGUGUGACAACCAGAAGUGUUUGUGAACGUUACAAAUAAAAAUUGUGUGUUCAGUGCACUAUGCGGUUGUAUACGUUAUGAAUGGUCUGGACCGCUGCUUCUUCGAUCAACGUGAGUCGCAACAACAUGGGGAUGACUGCGGUUACAGUUAUAUAAGCCUGGGCCGGCUACAUCCAUACGGCUCGGGCAGUGGUUCCAGCAGCGGUAGCGGGCGACGUCGUACGCGCCGGGGCCUGUCCGACUCGCCAACCGCACCCACGACUCCCACUUCAGCCUCCGAUAACGCUUCUGACGCAACUCUCACAGAUUCCGAGUUGCCGCUCGCAAGAGAUUCCACGCUAUUAGUCCAAAACGGCAUGCUGAGAUCGACCUUCGACCGACCAGAUCACGAACGUUGUUUGCUCGAAGGUGCCAGGCCUCCGCCAGAUGUCCCUCCUCGAAAUCCAACUAUGUCACGCUUAAACGGCCGCAUCACCGGCAAUCCAGCUGAUUUAGGUGAUUUUGAACCUUCGUGUCUCGUGCGCACACCUUCUGGAAAUUUCUACGUGCCUUCAGGAGACAUUCAGAAGAAUCCGUCUAUGGACUACAAAUCAAAUUCAUCUUGCAGUAGUCCAGGAAAACAAGAUAAAGGAACUUUGGAAAGAAUGGAUAGAAGCGACAGGCACCCCGCUUUUGGUGCUCCAGUGCCAGUCCUUCCUGUGAGAAAUAAUCUCAGGGCAACUCAUUUUCCUCCAGCCGCUUCCCGUUUCCAUUUCAGAAAAGGUUUAUCGUCCAGAUGUUCCUGGAAAUGUACAGCUGUCGUGUUUAUAGUUCUAUUUGUUCUCUUACUAUCUAUUGCCUCUUAUAUGUCAGCAUCCUAUUUCACUGACAACUGGUCCUAUCAAAAUGCAAAGCCAUGUUCAGUAUUAGUUGGCGAUACUGCAGAUAAAUUUUCAUCAUCAAAAGCAACGACACUUGAGUCAACGAAUAAAUCAGUAACAAGACCACACCCAAGUUCUACGUCUGCUUCAGGUAAAAGAGAAUUAAAGUCACGUCCCCGUAGAAGUGUAGACGGGCAUGCUUCUUCACCUUCUAUCUCUUCCACGGAUUCUUCCUCUGUAGAUAUGCAUGAAUUAAUCACUUUACCUUCUUCGACCACUGUCAGCUUAAUGCAUGGUGUGUCAGAGGUAUCUAUAAAUCAGGAAACGGAAGUUACUGAGGGUGCUUUCAACGCUUAUGUAUCUAGCAGUGUCAGUGAUAAUGGUAGUACUGGUAAUAUAACUUCUAGCAAUACUACACUUAAUAAAAUGGGAGGAUCUACCCAAACUUAUAACUCUACAUCCCUAAGCACAGGUCAAAAAAAUAAAUUAAAUGCUCUCACUAUAAGCACUAAACCAAUUAACACGAAAAAAGAAGACACUGAUCCCCUAGAAAUUGAAAGUAACACGAAAAAUAACAUAGCUUAUGACCCAAAAGACAUGCAGGGUGACGCAUUUCCUUCCAUUUUAUCGUACGGCUUACAGAAACUUCAGUAUACGAAAUUAUUAACAAGACUAAAUGAAGUUAGUGAAGAGUUGCACAUUUUCUCCAAUGAGUAUUCUGAGCCAGAAAGAAAUCUUAAACAACUUCAUUAUGAUAACGAUCGAGACUCAUCCUCUGAAACAAUAAUGACAACAAAGUUUGAUUUUAAUAAAUAUCAAACUUCAAAUUUGGUACCAGAAGUAACUGCAAAACCAAUAAUAGAAAGUGUUUUCACCACGCACAAUGCCUUUUCUAAGAAUGAGCAUGUUGUUCCAAUAACUACUUUAUCACCGAGUGUGACUAACAGUCCCAAUGUUGUAAGUACUAAAACAGCAGCUACAACUGAAAAGGAGACAACAACCAAUAAUGAACUCCCUUUUGCAACUGAAUCAAAAACUUCAGAAACUGUGUCUAAUGCUAAACACGUUCUGAUAAAUUUAACCAUUUCUGCAGAUGAUGCUAACAACGACUCAUAUAAACCUCUAUAUUCAUUGACAGUAACUGUGCCUACAGUUGGCGAUUCAAACGAAAUACCGACAGUAAAAAUUACACCCUUGGACACUGAACCAACAAUGCCCACAAAUUUCAACAAACCAAUAUCAAUUCAAAACACAACAAAAACGACAAAAACUAUUGAAACUGAAGAUUGGGGAGGAAGCUGUGAAUGUUCAUGUCCGGUUUGUGAUAGUGGUCAUUCUUCUGAUGACCUUUAUGAUGAUUAUGUAGAUAAAACAACACUUUUUAACGAAAAUACAGAAGAUCUUUCAAGUCCAUACUCUACUGAUGGCAGCACGAUCACAGAAGAAAAUAUAAAGACUACUAAUGAUGCAUCGUCGGAAUUCACAACUCAAAGAGAAUUAAACUAUAUUUCAACGACAGAUUCUGUAACUGACUCUGAUUUAGCAUCAAAAGAUAUAAUUCCUGAUAUUUAUUUAUCAACUACUGAUUCCACAAUAGCAUCAUCGACUGAAUCUGAAUUAAUUUCAACAACUGAUUUUCCAAAAUGCGUAUGUCCAAAAAUAAAGCCCCCACCAAUCCUAAUACUGGAAGGUGCGCGAACAUUCCCGGCGCAGUCUUUCCCACCAGAUGGAACUACGUUCAAACAAAUAACUCUAGGUGAAAAGUUGUCUAAAGAAAUCCCUCCAUAUAGUUACUGGAAUAUGCAAUUCUAUCAAUCGGAAGCUGCUUACGUCAAAUUCGAUUAUAUGAUACCUAGAGGCGCAUCAAUAGGUGUAUAUGCAAGACGAAAUGCUCUACCAACACACACUCAAUAUCAUUUUUUAGAAGUCCUUAGCGGAUUUAAAGCUCGAACGACUAGAGCUUCACAUCCAUCCGUUAAGAAAGAAAUAACACACUAUAUGGAACAAGGUCACUGGUUUCUUUCGCUCUACAACGACGACGGCGAUCCUCAAGAGAUUUCAUUUAUUGCUAUGGUCGCUGACGAUAUGACACAAAACUGUCCAAACGGAUGUUCCGGUAAAGGAGAGUGUCUCAUGGGCCAUUGUCAAUGUCAACCCGGUUUCGGUGGUGACGACUGCAGUGAAAGUGUUUGUCCGGUGUUGUGUAGUCAAAGAGGAGAAUAUAUCAAUGGAGAAUGUCAAUGCAAUCCCGGCUGGAAAGGUAAAGAAUGUUCAUUGAGGCAUGAUGAAUGUGAAGUGCCUGAUUGCAAUGGCCACGGACAUUGUGUAAACGGAAAAUGUUCAUGCGUCAGAGGAUAUAAAGGAAAGUUUUGUGAAGACGUCGACUGUCCACACCCAACUUGUUCGGGACACGGAUUUUGUAUUGAAGGUGUUUGUGUCUGUAAAAAAGGUUGGAAAGGUUUAGACUGUGCUACAAUGGAUAAAGACGCUCUUCAGUGUCUACCGGACUGUUCUGGGCAUGGAACAUUCGAUGUUGAUACUCAAACCUGUACCUGUCAUGCUCGAUGGUCGGGUGACGACUGUUCCAAAGAGGUGUGUGAUCUCGACUGUGGCCCUCAUGGUAGAUGUGUGGGUGAAGCUUGUGUGUGCGACCAAGGUUGGACAGGAGAGUAUUGUACAUCGAAAUUAUGCGACACUCGAUGCAGCGACCACGGCCAAUGUAAAAACGGCACUUGUCUAUGUGUGUCCGGCUGGAACGGAAGGCACUGCACUUUAGAAGGAUGUCCGAGGGGCUGUGCUGGUCAUGGUCAGUGUCGUGUAGCUAACGAUGGACACUGGGAGUGCAAGUGUUUCGAUGGAUGGGAUGGACCAGAUUGCACUACACUCAAGGAACAACUAUGCGACGACUCCAAAGACAACGACAAAGACGGCUUAAUCGACUGUGAAGAUCCCGAAUGCUGUCAGAGUUCUGCAUGUAAAGGAAGUCAACUCUGCGUUUCGUCUCCUAAACCAACGGACAUUUUACUAAGGAAACAACCCCCUGCCAUCACAGCAUCAUUCUUCGAAAGAAUGAAAUUCCUUAUCGACGAAGGUAGCCUUCAAAACUACGCUAAGCAGGAAACUUUCAACGAGAGCCGAUCUGCCGUUAUACGAGGUAGGGUAGUUACUUCUCUGGGUUCUGGUUUGGUUGGAGUGCGAGUGUCCACAUCCACACCUCUAGAAGGGUUCACAUUAACGAGAGAGGACGGUUGGUUCGACCUGCUUGUCAACGGAGGAGGGGCGGUCACUCUUCACUUUGGAAGAGCGCCUUUCAAGCGUUCCACUCAAGUUAUUUUCGUUCCCUGGAAUGAGGUUGUAAUAAUCGACGAAGUGGUUAUGACGACGGCGGAUGAAAAAGGUAAUAUGGGUCCGCCUCAAGCUUGCCUUGCACACGACUACGAUGCAAUGAAACCAGUCGUACUGGCCACGUGGAAACAUGGUUUCCAAGGAGCCUGCCCAGAUAAGAGCGCGAUUUUAGCUGAAUCCCAGGUUGUUCAGGAAAGCCUUCAAAUACCAGGAACCGGCUUAAAUUUGGUCUAUCAUAGUUCAAGAGCGGCUGGUUACCUCUCUACGAUACAACUACAACUAACACCGGAAAAAGUUCCACCUACUUUGGCUUUGAUACAUUUGCGUAUAACAAUUGAAGGCAUUCUUUUCGAGAAGGUGUUUGAAGCCGAUCCAGUGAUCAAAUUCACCUACCCAUGGAAUAGGCUUAAUGUUUAUAGACAAAGAGUUUAUGGCGUAACAACGGCGCUCGUUAAAGUGGGUUAUCAAUAUACUGAUUGCAAGGAUAUCAUAUGGAAUGUACAAACCACAAAGUUAAGUGGUCAUGAUAUGAGCAUCUCUGAUGUUGGAGGAUGGAACUUAGACAUACAUCACAGAUAUAAUUUCCACGAAGGCAUUCUGCAAAAAGGUGACGGAACUAACAUAUACUUGAAACAUAAACCUCGACUCAUCAUAACAGCAAUGGGUGACGGAAGACAACGCGCCUUAGAAUGUGGAAACGAGUGCAUGGGUGCAGCGCGACGACAACGACUACUAGCACCUGUCGCACUGGCCACCGCACCGGAUGGAAGCUUAUUCGUAGGGGACUUCAACUUAGUGCGAAAAAUCGGCACCGAUGGAAGCGUACGGACAGUUGUUAAAUUGAAUGCAACACGUGUUUCCUACCGCUAUCAUAUGGCGCUCUCGCCUCUCGAUGGAACGUUAUACAUAUCCGACCCAGAGUCACAUCAGAUUAUUAAAGUCCGUAACACAGAAGAUUUUACUGAUCCUGAAAGAAACUGGGAAACUGUCGUUGGAUCUGGUGAAAGAUGUCUGCCUGGAGAUGAAGCUCACUGUGGCGAUGGAGCUCUAGCAAGAGAUGCAAAAUUAGCAUAUCCCAAAGGUGUCGCUGUAUCCAUUGAUAAUGUACUAUACUUUGCAGACGGUACAAACAUUCGCAUGGUAGACAGAGAUGGUAUUAUUACUACCGUUAUUGGAAACCAUAUGCACCGAGCACAUUGGAAACCGAUACCUUGUGAAGGAACAUUAAGCGUUGAAGAAGUUCACUUGAGAUGGCCUACUGAGCUAUCAAUUAAUCCGCUCGAUAAUAGCUUGCAUAUUAUCGAUGACCAUAUGAUUUUACAAAUGGCUCCUGAUGGUAGGGUUAAAGUCAUCGCAGGUCGACCGCUUCACUGUCCUUCACCAUUAACAGGAUAUGACAUGGAGCUGGCAACAUACGCAACACUGGUAAUGCCUCAAAGUAUUGCUUUUGGUGCAGCUGGGGACUUAUAUGUUGCUGAAAGUGAUUCUCAAAGAAUAAACAGAGUAAGACUUAUCACGACAGAUGGAAAGAUUUCUUUAUAUGCCGGAGCUGAAUCAAAAUGCAAUUGUUUGGAGAGAGGGUGUGAUUGUUUUGAAGCAGAUCAUUUCUUAGCUUCCAAUUCUAAGUUUAAUACUAUUUCAGCAGUCACGGUCAGUCCUGAUGGCAUAGUUCAUAUAGCGGAUCAAGCUAAUUACAGAAUAAGAUCCGUUAUGGCUAGUAUUCCCGAUGCAAGUGGAUCUAGAGAAUAUGAAAUUUAUUCACCGGAUACACAAGAAACCUAUAUAUUUAAUAGGUUUGGUCAACACGUCAUGACAAAAAAUAUUUUGACGGGAGAAAACAAUUAUAUUUUCACCUAUACUGUUAACACAAGCAAUGGUAAAUUAAGCACAGUAACUGAUGCAGCUGGUAAUAAAGUAUUUCUUCUACGUGAUUACUCUAGUCUCGUAAAUUCAAUAGAAAACACUAAGGGUCAAAAGUGUAGACUUAAGAUGUCACGCAUGAAAAUGCUUCAAGAACUUCGAACCCCUGACAACUUUAAUGUCACUUUCGACUAUCACGGAACCUCUGGUUUACUGAAAGCAAAAUAUGACAGCACUGGAAGGAGUUAUAUUUACAAGUAUGAUGAGUUUGGUAGACUUACAUCAGCAGUCACUCCUACGGGCAGAAUAAUUAACUUGACAUUUGAUCUUAGUCUUAAAGGAGCUACUGUGCUCGUGAGUGAAAAUAACAGAAAACCAAUAUCGAUAUUGAUCAAAGGAUCGUCAGUUAACACAAGAGUCGGCGAAGCUGAAAAGAAAACAGUUAUAUCAUCAGAUAAUAGUAUAUCAUCUAGUUUGCCUUGGGGACAUAUUAUAUCUACAGAUACUGUACCCUACACAAUUCUCUCGGAAAUUGAUCCUAUUUUAGGAGAAAGUUAUCCAGUACCAGCUAAACAAAGAACUGAAGUUGGCGGCGACUUAGCUAAUAGAUUUGAAUGGCGUUAUUUCUUAAGAAGGCUGCAAUCGAACAAAGGAAAGAGCAGUAAGGCAGUCGCGCAAAUAGGUCGAAAAUUACGAGUGAAUGGUGAAAACCUUCUUACACUGGAAUACGAUAGAGAUACGUCUACAGUUGCAGUAUUUAUGGAUGAUAAAGUUGAACUCCUAAAUGUCACGUAUGAUAGAAUGGCUAGGCCAGUAAAAUGGGGACCGAGAAGUGGAAUAUUUGCUGAAGUUGAACUAGAUUAUGAUAGAUUUAAUAGACUAACAAGUUGGAAGUGGGGUGACCUUAAUGAAACCUAUGGAUAUGACCGGGCUGGUAGAUUGCACGAAAUCAGAUAUGGAGAUGGAUCAUCUUUGGCGUAUUCCUUUAGAGAUAUGUUUACUAACUUGCCACUCAAGGUAACUACACCUAGAGGCAGCGAUUACCUUCUCGAUUAUGAUGAUUCUGGAGCUCUUCAGAAUCUUACAACACCAAGGGGCCAUAUUCAUACAUUCGCCCUCAUGACUUCAUUGGGCUACUUUAAAUAUCAAUACUUUUCACCAAUGAAUCGACACCCAUACGAAAUUUUAUACAAUGAUGAUGGGCAUAUUCUAGCAAAAAUAUUUCCUCAUCAAUCAGGGAAGAUUCUCUAUGUUUAUGAUAGCACUGGAAAACUAGAAACUGUAUUAGCUGGAGCAUCAGCAAUACGAUACGUUUAUCAUGAAAACACUCAUCUUGUGAAAAAUGUUGAAAUAAGUGACCCUGAUUAUGAGCUAAGACAAGAUUAUAAAUAUCAUGCAGGAAUAUUAAAAGAUGAAAAAAUGAAGUUUAACUCUAAAACGGGACUUAAUAAUGCUCACUUUAAGUAUCAGUACGACGGCAAUGCUCGACUUUCUACCAUAGAUAUGAAUAUAAACAGCAAAGAAAUGCCACAAUUGAGAUUGAAAUAUAAUCAAAAUUUAGGAUCUCUGGAAGGUGUAAGUGAUUUGAGAAUAUAUAGUAAUACAUUUAACCGUUCUGUUAUGCAGGACACAAGUAAACAAUACUUUACCAUUACUGAUUACGACGAUCACGGCAGAAUCAAAACCGUAUUAAUGAACAUUAAAUCGUUCGACGUAUUCCGCCUUGAACUGGAAUACGACGUAAGAAAUCGAAUUAAGUCGAAAAAGAUGAUGAUUGGCGAUACGUCUUCAAGCGAACGAGUAAGUUACAAUUAUGAUGGUCAUUUAAUGGAAGUAGUUGGCUCCAUAGACGACUGGAAAUAUGUGUAUGAUGAGAAUGGUAACAUCAUUAGUAUUAUCGAACAUGGUGAGAAACGCUAUCUAGGCUAUGAUAUUGGCGAUCGUGUUGUUCAGUAUGGUGAUAUUGAAUUCAGUAGUUACGAUGGCCGCGGAUUCGUUAUAAGACGUGGUGAGCAAAAAUACAGGUAUAACUCUCGAGGGCAAUUCGUUCAUGCAUUUGAGAGGGAUAAAUUUCAAAUGUGGUAUUUCUAUGAUGAUAGGAAUAGACUUGUCGCUUGGAAAGAUGACAAGAACAACAUAACACAAUUCUUCUACACGAACCCACAAACUCCUAACCUUAUAACUCACAUGCAUUACCCAAAAUCUGAGAAAACUGUACGAUUCCUGUAUGAUCAAAGAAACUUCUUAACAUGUGUUGAAACUGAGGAUCAACGUUUCUAUGUAGCAACUGAUCACAAUGGUUCCCCUCUUGUAGUAUUUGAUGUUAACGGAGAAAUUAUCAAAGAAAUAAAACGAAGCCCCUUUGGCAAAAUAGUAAAAGACACAAAUCCAGGCUUCUAUCUACCCGUUGACUUCCAAUCUGGAAUAUUUGAUUAUAACACUAAUUUGAUAUACUUAGAGAAUCGCUUAUAUGACCCUGUUGUUGGUCAAUGGAUGACACCAAGUUGGGAACAUCUUGCAACAAAGUUAAGUCUGCCUACCGACAUAUUUAUCUACAGAUUUAGGAAUAACGACCCCAUUAAUAGAAACCAGAACGUUCCUUAUAUGACGAGCUUGGCCAGCUGGCUUCAGCUUUAUGGAUACGAUUUGAAUAAGAUGAUGGGAGCCAAGUACAUCACCGAUAUGAUCUUCCAACCUAAGACAUCUGUUACUGCACCACAAUUAGUGCCUGAUUUUGGUGUUCUAUCUGGACUGCAAUGCAUUAUAGAAAAGGUUAACGACAAACUGUCUGAUAUUGAGUUUGUUCCAACACCUCUCCUAAAGAUGGAACCCAUGACAAGAAACCUAUUACCAAGAGUAUCUUACAAGCGAGGUGUAUUUGGCGAAGGUGUAUUAAUAUCACGAGUGGACGGAAAAGCCUUCAUCAGUGUUGCCGACGGCGCUAAUAGCGUUGUAGAAGAUGUUAUAACCACAGUAUUUAACAACUCAUAUUUCUUAGACGUUCACUUCAGCAUUCACGAUCAGGACGUAUUCUACUUCGUCAAAGACAAUUCACUUAAAAUCAGAGAUGACAUGGAAGAAUUGAGACGAUUGUCUGGGAAAUUCAACGUAUCUCAAGAUGAAACAAAUGACCAAGGAUUAGAGGUUCGCGUACAUGCAGUCGGAAAAGGUUCUGCACAAGCAGUGAUUGUUUUGCGCUACGGAGUUGAUCCUUCACAGGAACGAAUCAAAUUGUUAAAACACGCUCAUAAGAGAGCUGCGGCUAGAGCAUGGGAAAGAGAGAAGGCGCUUGUUGCCGCCGGAUGGGAAGGAAGAGGUUCGUGGACUGAAGAAGAAAAAGAAGAACUUAUAUCUCACGGAAUAGUUGACGGAUGGGCUGCCAAAGAUGUGCACUCUGUCUCUAGGUACCCUCAGUUGGCUGAUGACCCGGCCAAUAUUGUUUUUGUGCGUGAUGGAAGAAGAAAACGAAGAAAGAGCGGCCGCGCCCGUCAUCGUUUGUGAAUUUCUUUCGAUAUUCAGCGAUUAUAAUUCGAAUGAUCUGCAUUCAGAUUAUCUGUAGGUAUUAUUUUUAUAGAACUGGCGUAUGACAGUGGCGACCGUGUUUGUGAAUUCUUGUGAUGGAUAGUGUAGAUGCAUUUAGGUUUCUAUGGACUGACGUUUUAUAUGAUGGCUAGUUUAGGAUUAAACGAACUCGGAAAUUUAGAUCUUUAGGGUAGUCUCUUUUUUAGUUUAUUUGCAUUAAAACAUAUUUCGAACCUUAAGUCAUUCACCCUUUACCGAACUAAAAAACUCAUGUUAAAUGAAUCUCUUGAAAUAAAGUACGACAGGGUAACGAGUCAUAAAAAAAACAUUUAAAAUAAUGCUUAUAAUAUUAACUAAGCAUAAUAUGAAACAUAAAUACUCAAUUGCGAUCACAAUUUUUCUUAUACAUUUUUUGAUAUUAUUUUACAAUAUUAAUUUUAGUCCUAUAUACGUCGCUUAUAAUAAUCUUCACAAAAAACAUGUAUUCCUAAUGUAUUUUAGCCAAAAAAUAAUUCUUUCAAUCCCUACAAUUAGGUAUUUGUACAUAAUAAUAUUUUAUUCUUGUAGUCGUUCUUUUGUAUUGUUAGACCUAAGGUCUUUUAUUACUUCGCAAUACUAUUACUAUGUAAGCAAUAAUUUUUAUAUUUUAUCUAAACAUCUAAUACUCUAUUGACCCGUGAUUUGUUUUAGUCAAACAUUUUGUUUAUUAACUCCAAAUAAUCCCUACUCCUGCCAAAAGGCAAUUUUUUUAUUAUGAAAAUAACGUCAUCGAUAUUUAACUUAUAUGCAUCUCAUUUUACAUAUAUUUAUAUAUAUUUAUGUUUAAUUGCAUACUCCCAUAUUAUUCCCGAAAAAUUUGCAUUUUAUGAAUUCACUGCAAAACUUAACUGAAACUAUUUUUGUAAUAGAAACACUAAACACUGAAUUAUUUCAGUAUUGCCAGAUAAUGGCACAAAAUAGUUUGCUUGAUCUAUUAGUAAUUUAAAAUAGCUGAAUUUAUCGAAACAAUGAUACGUAACACCGAGUGUGUGCAAUAAUAAAACUAUAGAUUCAAUAGCCGUCUAGGGUCAAUACUUCUUGCUGACUUAUCUCUGACUUAUGAUCAUUAUACCUUUCCUCUUUGUGUGUCAAUGUGCGCUCAGAUUACCUGAAAAUUAUAAUAUGUAUAUACAUUACAUUGAAUUUGUAUAAGAAUAAAUAUUAUUUAAUAUUCCUGAGACGUAAUUAAAAACUAUUGUAUAAGAACUUUCGAUAUCCCUGAAAGAAGCGUCUUUGACCGCAAGUUGUAUGUUAAUCGUGGUACUCCUAAGUCAGUAAGAAGAAAAAAUAAAAUUAAAAUAUGUAGUUAAGUAGAUAUAUUGUAUGUCCAUAUGUGUCUCAUUUAAAUUGUGGUGUCUACUCUGUGUUAGAUUAUUAAUUUAAAUGCUAGUUGACUGAGCGAUUUUUGAUAAGGCGUCGAUAUUUUUUACGAAAAGUUUAUAAAAAUAAAAAAUUGGAGGGAUAAAUUUAAAUGUACUUCUCCUUGGCAAUGGGCCGAUGCAAGGUGAUAUUUUGGCAAAAUGUGACUAAACGAAGCAAUACGUUGUAAUUUAAUGUCUUACUUUUUAUUUAGUGACUGUAAGGUGUAUUUUUAUUUAUAAUUAAUAUAUAAAACAAUAUAUACAUUAUAAUAUUUAUCUAUUUUGAAUGUAGUUAUUGAUUUCGCGGUGAUAUAGAACGGUAUAGUUAUCUUUUUUAUGAUGUAUAAAGAAUUCUAAUUUGUAAAUAGGUACUUAAUGAUGUGUGUAAAAAAUAAUGUACAUAUCUUUACGCUUGUAUUAUUUAUGAAGGGAAUUAAGGAUACUAGAAUACAAAAUAAUGUAUAUCAUGCGUCAAGCAAAUUGAGGCUGUAGAAUUAAUACUGACCUUGUUGUUUAAUCUGUAUGAAACUUCUUUAUAUUAUUUUUUUUAAUUUUGGCACUUGUUUUUCCCGCCAUUAAACUUUUACCUAUCAAAAAUUUAUUGUAACUCAUAUUUAUAAAUUUAAAAAUCAAUAAUGUAGUACCAUCAAUAGACUAAGCUUCUAGACUUAGAGCUUAAUGCGAUCAGUGCAUUAUAGGACCUCUGCUGCAUUUAAUUUUUUAUAUAGAUAUGACGUAGACCCCAAUAUUCUCCAUUACUCUGUGUAUAGAUAGUCAGCAGUACGAUUUAGUUAUGUGCGUUCGUGAGCGAUGUAAGCAUGUACAAUAAUAAAUAUAGAUGUAUUCUAAUGGAAUAUGUAAUAAAAAAUAAAUAAAACAAA